CCUCUUGCGCUGCAGUAAUCGACGGUUCAUUUCCUUCUUCCACGCUCACCGAGCGAAUCUGGUGCCCUUAACUCCGAUCUGGUAGCUUCGAUUGCUUCCUUCCUGCCACUUAAUUCGAUCAAGAAUUCUCAUUGAUCAGUAAAAGCUUGUUCCUUCUUUGAUCUCAGCCGAUUCGGGUGCCGAUUUCCGUCAACCUUUUUCUGGAAUUCGGCGCUGGAAGAUCCGAGGUUUCUCAAUCCGAGGGACUCGAUCUUCCCACUUUUACUUUCCUUUUCCCUUUUCGUUUUCCUUCCUAGAUCUUAUAGGGCAUCAUAUCAGAAAUCCAAUUUUGCAAUUGGUUCCGAAUUUCAUCUAUUUCCGUGAUUUUGGUGGGAUCUUAGCAGUUAAUUAUGGCAAUUUCAGAUGAUGUGUGUGGUUGUUGAGUUCCUAUUUUUCCUUUAAUUGAUGCCUGAUCCAUUGGUUUGUACAUGCGAAUAUGAACAACCAAUCAUUUGGAACAGGAAGCCCCAAAUCCUUUCAUGCUUACCCCAGGGUAGACUUUGAUCUGGAAUCUGGAAACGCCCGGAAGAGCUUCCGAAAGUCUAAAAGUACGCCUUUGAUUGAUCCAAUCAGGAAGAUCAACUCCGUCGUGAACAGGAUCCAUUACGUAUGCAAGCUUCACCCUGUUGCAGUCUUUCUUGCCUCUUUGUUCGUCUGUCUGACCAUGCUGGUAGUGCUUUCGGUAUACGAGACCCGGUUCAGAAUGAUGGGUUUCCGGAGGAACGAUGACCUGAGUUUGAGUUUGGGCUUGUAUCCGUUGGCGAAUCUUCGCAAUCUCGUGAUGGUUGCUGGGCAUUCGAUCUAUACGAGCACCACCUGCGGAAAGGUCGACAGUGAGGAUUCGUGGUUCCUGGAGCCAUAUCAGAAGAAUCCGGGGCAAGCGGCGACGUUCUUGGCACAUAUAAAAGAGGGAGUAGAGAGUGCAGCUAAGGAUAAAAGAUCACUUCUUUUGUUUAGUGGUGGGGAAACUCGGAAGGAUGCUGGUCCUCGCAGCGAAGCACAGAGUUAUUGGUCUGUUGCCGAGUCCCAAGGCUGGUUUGGACGGCAAGAUAGUGUAAGGAGCAGAGCACUCACAGAGGAGCAUGCUAGAGAUAGCUUUGAGAACCUUCUUUUUAGUGUUUGUCGUUUUCGUGAACUCACAGGCACUUAUCCACAGAAUAUUACUGUUGUAAGCUAUGAUUUCAAGAAAGAAAGGUUUGCUCACUUGCACCGACUAGCAAUUGGAUUUCCUGAAGGGAGGUUCUUCUAUAUCGGCACCCCUGCUGCUCCAGGUGCACAAGAGGCUGCAGAGAAAGGCGAGGCUCAUGUUAGGGCCCAGUUUCAAGAAGAUCCUUACGGAUGUUUAGGUUCACUUCACAGAAAGCGACUAAAGAGAGACCCAUUUCAUCGGCUUAUCCCUUAUCCUAAUGGAUGCCCUGAAUUGAAAGGCUUGUUCAGCUACUGUGGUCCAGUUCCUUAUCCAGCGUCACUUCCUUGGAUCGAGUAGUUUCAAGGUUGCAUUGCUAUCAACUUCUUCGGAUGAUGUCUUGAUCUCAAAGCGAUCAAAGCAUGAAGCGUGUACACUGAAAUAAAUUCUCAUCUUUGCUUCUGGUGAUUGCCAAUUUGUUUUCUUCAUAUUAUGCCUCCAGAUCUAUCAAUUUGUGACAAAUAGUUGCUCAGCAACCCAGAAUUGUUGACCGUAAUGGAUUUACACAGGAUUCUGAGCAUGACAAGUUAAAGAUGUAAAAUUAAUGUUGCAAAAUUUUGGAUUUCUUGAAUUAUGUCAGGCAACAAG